UUUGUUUUACAAUCUGAAAAAAUGUCACACCUCUUCGUCAGAAACUUGGUUUUCCAGUGCAAUGAUCUCGGCAAGGAGGUCACGCUUUUGCUCACUUUCGAUGGCGAUAUGAAAGGCCUCUACCAAGACUUCUUCCCGAUAGUUUGGAAAGUCAGCAAGUUCGGAAAAGCGGGUCCGUACAGGAUGCGCGCGACCUACACGAGCCAGCUUGCCUUCUCCAUACCACAGGUUGUGGAUGGGAACAUCGUUGACGCUGAAACUAGUGUCAAGAUCAAUGUCGGCGAACAAACCACCCUGACUGAUGUCAAUGAUGUCUACCAUUUCUCUCCCCCUAAGGCAGGAACCCCGGACAUCCUGCAGGCCGUGAACAAGACUGGGGCCGUCCAGGAUAUGGCAAUAGGCUUUAUGAACCCGGGAGACUUGAUGCCCAAGCCGGCGCUCUUCUUCCACGAAAUCGGAGACGGCAGUAACGUGACUGCAAAGUUUACUCCGAUCCUGCGCCUCUACAUCACUUCGGACUAUCAAGAGACUGAAAUCUUGCGAGGUGCCAUCGACACCCCUGCGAUUUGGUCGCAGAAUCUUGCUGCUCUUUCUGAGUCCACUACCUGGAACCUUAGCCGAGACCCAGCCACGGGACGUUAUUCGAUCACCAAGUCUUAAUGAAGGAAUGCGAAAUUGGUGCGCCUAAAUGUCUGUUGUCUAAGGUUGGUAUCUCAAUAUUCUCCCUGUUUUCGUAGCAUCUUCAUUUGGAGUACAAACAGCCUGUCUCAGUUGCAACAUCGCGCGUGUAAUAGUUCGCAAUAGUUGUACGGGUUUGAUAUAUAGCUCUACCUUAUAAUAUUUAUAUAUUUGGAGUACUGCGUCUCUUGAGCAGUAUUCAACAAGAUUUCCCCUGACUGCGUGCGAGCCUCAUCGAUGUUAUCCCAGGCUUCGAAUAAAUAUUAUCGUUGAUGAC